AUGUCGGGAGACACUGAAGAAAUCGCCCAUGCAAUUGCAGGUGCAGGAGGUGGAGCAUUGUCAAUGAUAGUCACCUACCCAUUGGUAACAUUGUCAACCUUGGCUCAAACUAAGGCAAAAAAGAAGGAGGAAAAACAGGCCGAACUUGAGGUUGAAUCAGAAUUGAAGCACACGUCAGAAGCAAAAGUGAAACAAAAGUUUUCACACAAUUUCCACAACAACAGCACAGUUUUGGCCGCUAAGGAGAUCAUCAAGGAAAAGGGAGUUUUAGGAUUGUACUCAGGGUUGGGAAGUGCAAUUUACGGAAUUACCUUGACGAACUUUAUUUAUUAUUACUUUUACGAAUUGACUUCGAAUAUCUUUUUGAAAGCAAACAAGGCCAAUAAAAAGAGGGCAGGGUUGUCAACUAUUCAGUCUAUCAUAACUGGAGCUAUUGCUGGGGCAAUCACGUCCGUUGGAACCAAUCCUAUUUGGGUUGCAAACACGAGAAUUAUGACCGAAAAGAAGCAAAAGGGAGAGGGUAACGUCUCAAAUUCAACCUUAAAGACCAUUUUGGAAAUUAUCGAAAAAGAUGGGGUUGGCACUUUAUUUGCCGGAGUUUUCCCAGCAUUGGUCUUGGUGAUAAACCCGAUUAUACAGUACACUCUUUUUGAGCAAAUCAAGAAUGUCAUUGUAGCUGGCGGGGGUCAAAAGUCUUUCACGGCAAUUAAGGCGUUCUUUAUUGGUGCUUUUGGUAAGUUAGUAGCUACAACAUUAACUUACCCUUAUAUUACUUUGAAGUCAAGAAUGCACAUCAGAAAGAAGGUGUUGAAGGAAGAAGGCAAAGCUGCUGCUGAAGAAAUUCCAAAUUUGUCCAUGUACCAAGAAAUCAAAAAGAUUAUUCGCGAAGAAGGAUUUGAAGGAUUAUAUGGAGGGUUAGUUGUUAAGUUGAUUCAAAGUAUUUCAACUGCUGCCUUCCUUUUCUACUUCAAGGAGGAGUUGUUGGUUGGAAGUGUUAGAUUAGUUGAGAUACUUAGAGUGUUGAGCUUGAAAAAGGGCAAAGCAAUCAAGGCGUAA